ACGCGUUGUGUCUGAGACCUUCCCAUACCUAGGUAUCAAACGCGUGGACAGAACACGCAACAUUCCACGGCAGUGACCAAACAACACCAAUUAUUCGGCAUCCGUUUAAAAGGGAGACAGCAUGCUCCGCACCUUGAAGACAAUGCUCGCGUCAACUCUUUCUCGUGUUUCCGCAGUCACUGGCAAGCCACCCAAGUGGGUCUCUACGCAGCCAUGGCGUCCAUUCAUUCAAUUCUUGUCUUUGUGUCCUUGUAUAUGACCCUCGCCCGGGCACAGUUCAGCCUCAACGCGAAAGUUAAUAAUGUCGUCUACUGGGGCCAAGGAGCAGACCAACAACGCCUCCUGUACUACUGUCAGAAAAACGAGAUCGAUGCCAUUGCCCUCUCGUUCGUCAACCUCUUCCCGGCCCAGGCCAACGGAUUCCCAGGAACGAACUUCGGGAAUCAAUGCAGCGGCGCCGUAUACCCGGGCCCGGGAUACAACGGUGUGGUGGAUCAUUCCAAAGACAGUCUGCAAUCGAGCUGCCCCCUCCUCGCCUCCGACAUAGCGACAUGCCAGAGGACCUAUGGAAAGAAGAUCUUCCUGGCUCUCGGGGGUGACUCGGGUGACUAUCAAGUCGAUGGCGUCGCGGAUGGCAUCAAGUUUGCAAACAUGCUUUUCGGUCUGUUUGGGCCAAGGAACAGGAUCUGGGUCAAGGCGGGUCUGCCCAGACCAUUUGACAUGCCCGGUGACUCUGUCGGAUCUGCCGUCGACGGCUUCACGCUGGACAUCGAGACUCCUGCCGAUGACGGUGGAGCAGGUUACAUAGCCUUCGCCACGCAGCUGCGAAGGCUCUUCCCAGCGUCUCCCCAGAAGGAUCUGGUCCUCUCGGGGGCGCCCCAGUGCGCCGUGCCCGACGCCAGCAUGGGUCAGCUGAUAGCCUCGGUCGCAUUCGACGCGCUCUUCAUCCAGUUCUACAACACAGCCGCCUGCUCGGCCAGGGCCUGGGCUAAUGCCAACCCGAACUACAUCGCGGGCACGCGGCCCUUCCCCUCGGGCGGGUUCACGUACGACUCGUGGACAACGGCGCUGACCACGAGCGCCAGCUCCGGGGCCAAGCUGUUCAUCGGCCUGGCCGGCAGCCAGUACGCCGUCGAAGACGCCAGCUACUAUGUCAACCAGAACGAGACCACGAACCUGAUCAACGCUUACUUUUGCAACCGUAAUUUUGGUGGUGUCGCUAUCUGGGAUGCUGAGUACGCCGACCAGAACGUCGAUCUCGGCCAGUCGUUCACACAAUCAACCAAGACCUCGUUGAACAAUGCCCUGCAGAACACGCUGGUGAGGAACUGCCGCGGGGCCGCUGUGGGAGAAAAGAUGUGA